UCUUUCUAAUCUCAUAAUCAGAAUUUCACCUCUACACAUGUGUCCAAUCUAUUAAUUAAUUCCAGCAGAUAUUGGCUGGAAGAUUUUGACACAGUAUUGCCGUCAGUUUCUUCAGUAUGCAGCCGCGUCGACAAACAUUUUUUGCACGAUUUUUGCAUGAAGACCUGACUGUGGAUUCUCUGGCAUCCCGCUGCUUUUCUCUCAACUACUGAACCAUCAACUCAAAGGCUGGAUCGCAUCCUUGAAUCAUCCUCCAUCCAAUUGUCCUGACUGGGUGGGGUGAGCGCAUGUGCCAUCCUGGCUCCUAUGGCAACCCGAUAGAUGAGCUCCAUCGAUAUUCACGUUAUUAGAAAGCGAGGGAGGGGUGAUGGAUCAGUGAUGUCAGCGCCCUUUGAAUGCCGGUGCCAUCUGCGUGCAUGUGUGUCAUCACCUUGCACUGACAGAGAGCUCAGAUAUUUUGUGGAGGUGGAGAUCAUGCUUUGUCAUUGAGGAGCUCAGCAGCAGCAGCAGCAGCAGCAGCAGCAUUCUCCCACUCCGGCACGUCCGACGCUCAGCAUGCUGCAUCCUGAUGCACUCUCGUCUACAUGCUGUGGGGUUACCUGGUUUUACAUGCUUUUCCUGUUCAGCGCUUUUACAUGACCGUCGGAUUGAAGCGGCCACGUAUUGUUGACGCAUCUCAAUGCUUGAACCCUGGGGAGGGAGGCACGUCCCAAGUGUCAAAUAAGAUACGACCUGUGCUGCGGAUGCGCCGUCACUGUUUUACCUCCAGUGGCACCCCAAGUGCAUGAGAUUCAUGAUUCAUCCCUCUGUUUUUACGGGCUACCCUUAGAGCGCAUUUCUUCUCCUUCUUCAAAAUGGAAAGAUUCCAGUCUUCCAUGCGCAAACGGCUCUACAGUUUGCCGCAAAACAUUGGGCAAAAACCCUUCGUGAUUGACGAAGGAGACAACGGCGACAAGGACACUAAGAGGAAAAGUAUUCGGCUAAAACAUUUGUCCUCUCCGUCUCCUGCAAGCAGUUGCAGGAGCAUUGAGGAGGCCAGGAGCGAAGACUUUGAAAGAGACAUUACUGUGAAGACCAACUUGAAUGGGGACUGUCGCUUAUUUAGAGGCAGCAUCUCCUCCAUCACUGGGCGACAUCCUCCCGGGUCAGAUCCAACAGAGCAGCGGCGCCUCAUUCCGGAGGCUGAUGCCGGUGUCAGCGAGAGCUUCCCCGGUGAGCACGGCCCCGGGGCCCAGCAGCGGGCAACGGGUGGUCUGAGUGGCGCAACCGGGCAAGCAUCUAUGUUUGACCAGUCAAGUUUCAUCAAGUUGGAGGGCACCGAGCAAAUAAUACCUGAGGACGACCGGCUGUACCAAGCCGGCUUCAUGCACCGGCAGUUUGGGGCGAUGCUCCAACCGGGAGUCAACAAAUUCUCCCUGCGGAUGUUGGGGAGUGAGAGGGCCGUGGAGCAUGAGAGGGAACGAGUAAAGUCUGCUGGCUUCUGGAUUAUCCACCCGUACAGUGAUUUUAGGUUCUACUGGGAUCUGACCAUGCUGCUUCUCAUGGUUGGAAACCUCAUCAUCAUCCCUGUGGGCAUCACCUUCUUCAAGGAUGAGCACACGCCACCCUGGAUCGUUUUCAACGUAGUCUCGGACACCUUCUUCCUCAUGGACCUGGUCCUCAACUUCCGCACGGGCAUCGUCAGGGAGGACAACACGGAGAUCAUCCUGGACCCGCAGCAGAUCAAGAUCAAGUACCUGAAGAGCUGGUUCGUGGUGGAUUUCAUCUCCUCCAUACCUGUGGACUACAUCUUUCUCAUCGUAGAGACACGCAUCGACUCUGACUUUUACAAAACAGCCCGAGCCCUGAGGAUCGUCCGCUUCACCAAGAUCCUCAGUCUGCUGCGGCUGCUGCGCCUCUCCAGACUCAUUCGCUACAUCCACCAGUGGGAAGAGGUUUUCCAUAUGACCUAUGACUUAGCCAGCGCCAUGGUGCGCAUCAUGAACCUGAUUGGUAUGAUGCUGCUGCUGUGUCACUGGGAUGGCUGUUUGCAGUUCCUGGUUCCCAUGCUGCAGGACUUCCCUCCUGAUUGCUGGGUCACUCGAAACAAGAUGGUGAAUGACACUUGGGGUCAGCAAUACUCCUAUGCCCUGUUCAAGGCCAUGAGCCACAUGCUGUGCAUCGGGUACGGCUUGUACCCUCCUAUAGGCAUGGCUGACGUGUGGCUCACUAUCCUCAGCAUGAUUGUUGGUGCUACCUGUUUUGCCAUGUUUGUUGGGCAUGCGACUGCACUCAUUCAGUCUCUGGACUCCUCCAGGAGGCAGUACCAAGAAAAGUAUAAACAGGUGGAGCAGUACAUGUCCUUCCACAAGCUCCCUGCUGACAUGCGUCAGAGGAUCCAUGAUUACUACGAACACCGUUAUCAGGGGAAGAUGUUUGAUGAGGAAAGCAUUUUGGAGGAGCUGAAUGAACCCCUGCGAGAGGAGAUCAUCAACUUUAACUGUCGCAAACUGGUGGCCUCGAUGCCUCUGUUCGCCAAUGCUGAUCCAAACUUCGUCACCUCCAUGUUGACCAAACUACGCUUUGAGGUCUUCCAGCCAGGCGACUACAUCAUCAGAGAAGGAACCAUCGGCAAGAAAAUGUACUUCAUCCAGCAUGGCGUCGUCAGCGUCCUGACCAAAAGCAGCAAAGACACCAAGCUGUCAGAUGGUUCAUAUUUUGGAGAGAUCUGCCUGCUGACCCGAGGUAGAAGGACAGCUAGCGUGCGAGCAGAUAACUACUGUCGCCUAUACUCUCUGUCGGUAGACAACUUCAACGAGGUGCUGGAGGAGUAUCCCAUGAUGAGGAGGGCUUUUGAGACUGUGGCUCUCGACCGUCUGGACCGCAUUGGGAAGAGGAACUCUGUUCUUCAACAUAAAGUCCAACAUCACCAAAGCUCUGGCACACUAAACCUCCAAGAGAGUGAGAUCAUCCAAAGAAUAGUGCAACAUGACCGUGAUAUGGCCCAAUGCACGCAGUUGAUCCAGACCAGCACCGCACAGAGCUUAAACCCUCCCCCUGCUCCCCCAUCACCCACCCCUGUCAUCUGGGCCCCGCUGGUUCAAGCCCCGCUCCAGGCUGCUGCUGCCACCACCCCACUGGCACUGGCCUUGGCCCACCAUCCCCAAGUGCCUCCCAUCCUCUUUCACCAUUCUCUGGCACCAGGCUCUGGCUCUCUGAAAGACCCCAUCAGCCAUCCAAAAAGAAUCCAUGUUGGAGCGCACGUGUCCAGCAGCUGUGGUUCAGGGCCUUGUUCUCCUGCAAGCUCCAUCAAAUUCCGCUCUGGAGUUGAGACUCCCACACUGGCGUCCCUCAGGGCACAGCAUCUCCCCACUGGGCCUGUGUCACCCACGCUUAUGUCCCAGCCCAUCUUCACCAGCAACCUGCAGCCCCUGGCCCCUCUGCCUCAGCCAACACACCAGCCUCCACACCAUCCUCCCCACUCCGGCGUGGCCUCAGUCUUCCCCAUCAGCCAGGCCACCGUCUCCUACACCUGCUCCGCUCAGCUCCACUCCCAGCCCUUCCACGGUGCUAUGACCACCCCACCCCACCCAUUAAGUUUACUCCAGCAGGGGGCACCAGGGAGGCUAGCAGGGAGAUUCCCAGCCCCCUUCUCUUCCACCAUAAGCCCUCUGAUCUCCAGCUCCAUCAGCCCCAUACUAAGCCAGCUGCAGCAGCCCUCUCACGCCACCGUGCAGCAGAUGGGGUCCAGUCAUGACAGAGCAGGCAGAACAUCCAGCGGUCUGAACCUCCCACAUUUUCCCUUCAUCACCAGCACCCAGUCCUCCAGUGGAUUUAUUCAGCCAGUGUCUGGAGCAGCAGCCUCUCUGGCGCAGCACAGCCUGGCAGGCCUCCACUCUGUUUUCCUGCCCCAGGUUCUCCCGGAGCACUCGGCCCUCGCCUCCCUGGCCCAGUAUGGCUCUGCUGAGGCCUCGCCCUGCUACACGCCUCCAGUCCACAGUCCCAGCAUACAGAGCCCUGUGAGGGCACGGACAGUUUACCACAGUGAGCUCCCCAGCACCCUGGCCUCUCACAGCCCCCUAACCCCUCAGACCUCAUGCCCUGCCAGGGUGGCCUGUACCCUCAAAGAGAGGGCCGAGUCAUCGGUGGAUCUCUUUACCCAGGAAAUAAAGACUAUCUCAGGCUCUUACAGCUCUAUACACCAGGAAAGGCCUUUGGCCAUGAGCGGCUCCCCAGAGGGGGUUGGAAGGCCAUUGAGCCCCUUCUCCUCCCCUAUGGCUGUCAGCAAACCCUACAGCCCGAUCCCGGGUCAAGCCACUCCUGUUAUUCGGACACAUUCAGGCCCUGAACCUCAGAACCAGUUUGUUGGUGUACACUCUCCCCACGCUAGAUCCCCUGCUAAGGUGUUAGAGACAGAACAUAAACAGUCCAAACUUCCCUCCAACUUGUGAGGUUCAGACACACCCUCCUUUAAUGCCUGAACACAUGGAGGUAACCUCCUCCUUGGCAUAGUUUUAACCACUACUUUGUCAAUUUUGAAAGUAGGAGGGUGUGUUAUUCUAAUCAGAUUGGAGAUCAGUGGUUUCAUUUUUAAUCAGAGUGAAUGGAUUACGGAUAAAAAUGGACAAUAAUGGAUAUUUUUUUCUACAGGAUACUGCUUCUUUGAAUAUAGUAAUAAAAUCUAAAACCAUUGAUGGAUAUAUAUAGCACCUCAUGAAAAUAUCAAUUGUUAUAUGUAUUAUAUUAUAACCACACUCUGUGAUUUGUUCAAAGUAUUUGUUUAACCCUAACCCUAUUGUCCAGGCAAUUUUGUGUAACCUUUUAGCUUCACCUGUUUAGUUUGAAAUUUGUCAACAACUGUAUCCAGUUAUGAUUGAAACCAAAAAUGGCUGUCCUUUUUAUAUGCGUUUCCCACUACUGAGUGUGUGAAUGCAAGGUUACUCUUAAGAGAUUCAAGGAGAGACAGACUGUGCACUUUGCUCGUUUCAGAGAUCACCUAACGUUAGGGUUUGAUGACGGCAUGUCUUCCAAGAUAGUGUUUCAGCAAUAUUGCACACCCAAAUGGGUCACACAAACCAGUUCACGAAAAAACUGAAGUAAUGAAUGUAAUGUUUGUUUGUCCGAGCGGGAGAAGUGGGGUUCAUUUUUUUAAUGUGUUGAACAUGAAGACGAUGAUAAUUUUCUGUAGAGGAACCAGUUUCUGUCAUGAAGACAACACAAAGUCGCACACUUUUCCAUUUUCAUUCCUCCACAACUGCUCUGGCACUUGGCGAGCAGCACUGCUGACUCAUUUCAGUCUGUGAAUAACUUCGGUACAGAACAUACACCUGAGCCAAGGUUUGUGUGCCAUUAGCAUAGUAUGCAAUAAUCUGUGUUUUUUUUUAUGGGAAUACAAAGGUACUGUGAAUCGAAGCACUUGAGUCGAUGAGUGAGAUUCUGUUUUUAGUUAGAACGGAUCAAAACAAGGGAAUAAUUUUUAAAAAAGCAAUUGUGGAUAAUCAAACAUCCUGAAACCAGCGAUGCACUAAGAUUGAUGUGAAUGUUUCUUGCACCAGUCAAAGGGCUAAAAGCAGUGGACACAUGGUUAACAAGAAACCCCGAUGGGUCAUAUUGCUGCAUAUUUACCUCUUUCAUUGUACAUUAUUUGAUUGUAAAAUUUAACAUCUGUUGUUGAACUAUUGCUGCUUUGUGAUGCUAUGCUGAAUCAAUAAGACAUGGAUCACUGACUGCUUUUUUUAAGAAACAGAAUCUUAAAUACUUCUACUUGUUAAUAGGUUCAUGUGUUUAGAUGAUAUUUCUCUCUCUGGACCUGCAGCUGGCAACGAACUGUGAGCAGCUAGCUGGUCACCAGGUCAAACCAUCGGAGGAUCCGGUCCACUGGCUUUAGCUGCCUCGUUACUGAACCUGAGGCUGAGGUUUGCUGUGACUCUGCCCCCUUUCCAGGGAAGAGAGAUACUAUCAGUCACUAGCCAGUCACUGCCGAUGGGCUCAAUCAAUCCCUCAUUACUAUUCUCCUCCAACCUCGCAUCACCACACCACCUGCCAGAGGCAUCAGCUCGGAGCGAAUGUAAGGUUACUUUUAGUGCACUCAACUUUAAGGUGUGUGUCUGUGUAGGUAGGAGAAGAGGUGUCAGUCAUUCAUCUACUUAUAUAUUUAUUUUUCAUUUUGCUGCCUUUUAACCACCAAAUCUGAAGAUUCCAUCACCCUAUGUAUGUUAGGCAUAUUUUAUUUUAGCUACUGAAUUCAAUGCAAUAAAAUAACAUAUGGUCAACGAUGCUCGUCCUAGCUGUUGAUUUCUGAGUGUGGCAUGAAGGAGAAUCUGAUAAAAGGCUCUUGAAGUUUCAGACUUUAAGCCGGAUUAUGAAUUGAGAACUGCAUGGUGUUGUCCGGUGCCAAACAUCCAAAACAGCCAGGAUUAUAAUCUUAGAGAUAUCUGACUUGUCAUUACAAAGAAAAUUAUCUGCCGUGUUCAUGGAGUGAUAACUGCUAGAUUAGUGAGUACAUGUGCAUAUUCAGCACUGCAGCAAGGUUUGAUUUAGAAAGCUUUUUCUUCAAGGGUGAAGCUGCCAGGUCGAUGCAAAGCAGACAAAACUACCCUUUAAAAAUUAUUAUAAUAGUAAUAUAUAGUAGGUGUAGUUUUCCAUUCAGGUAUUGCUGCUUUUACUUAAGUCCAAAAUUCUGAAUACUUACAUAGAUAGACUACCAUACAUAGACUACUGCACAAGAACAGUACUUUGAUUAAAAACGGCGAAAGACAACUCAUUACAGGUCUGUUUUUCACUCAAACCCGUAGUGAGACAUUAUGAAAUAAAUUAUUAUAUGAAUGAAUACAGACAUCAUAUAAUAUAACCAGAAAAAUGUGAAUAAUCUAAUUUGGGAAACUGCUCAUUAUUAUGAAAUGUCAUUUUGUCCUACCUCUUCUUCACAAUAUCAGUUUUUUGUUUAAUUCCACAUAUUCUUAUUUCAAAAUGCUUUGUUUUUUUUCAACGGUGUGUUUUUAUUUUACAACCCCAUUGUGAUUGGUUGUCUACUCAUUCACGCCAAAGCAACAGCCAAUCAUAACUGGCUCUGCCCUGUUUGUCUUAAUUGACAGAGGUUUGUUAGGAAAAGACAUUUCGUAAUAAGCUGAAUUGUAAAAAAAAACAAAAAAAAAAAAAAACCUAAUAUGUUAAAAUCAGGGUUUUUGUUGAGUGUUGUGGUGUUCAACAGUUAUCUUGUUAGGUAUUCAUCUAAUGAGGCAACUGGUUGUUUAGAUAUAUAUUUUCAAUGUUUCCUUCGCCAUGUUAAAUAAUUUUGCAGUUUUAGUGACUUAUGUUCUGCAAAACACUGUUAGUAACGUCGGCCUGCAAUGCUGACUCACAUUCAGAUUUCUAUUAUUUUUUAAACUUGUGAAUUUGCCUUUAUAUGUGCCUCAGAUCUUUUUUUUCUAGUUUAGUGUUUAAGUCAUUUAAUAAGUGGUGUUUCCUUUAUUUUGAUACAUUUAGUCAGAAAUGUAUGUUCAUGUACAACUAGCUAGUAUUCUGAUGUGAAAUCUGAAGGAAGGUGGGCCUACAACAAUAACAUAAAAUGUAUCUAUUUGAAUACUGAACAUAUCAAUCUUGCCACAGUUUAGUGUUACAGUGAUCACAAGAGGAGGAGAAACACAGUUGAGCCAAGAGUUUCUUUUAAUGGAUGGAAACCCACUCAUGCCAGAUCACUUCAUGAUGACACUUUGUACUGACUAUCAGUUCUGCGUGAAACACUGGAGAAGAUAAAUACAGUACACAUCUGCACUUGUGCAUCCUGACACCUAGACAUCAAAAUAACACUAAAUAAGGACUGACAAAUGUGUAUUUGGAGCCUAGUUUACAGUGCAUGCAGAGGAACACGUAUCUCUCACUUUGUACAACACACAUGACAGAUGAGUUUCCAGUAAAAGGUUCAGUCUCUGGCAGCAGGAUUUAGACAAUAAAUUGCGCAUAUGGGUGACAGGAAUCAUGGAGUUACUUUCUGCGAAUGACAACCAUCAAAAGGCCUUUUUUGACUGGUUUUGACUUUCUGUUGGUUACGAAGACCAACAGAAAAGAAAAGUCCAACACAGAGGGCAGGCA